AUGCCUACACCACCCAAAAACACCACACAACCAAGCCGGACAAUCGUCCUCAAGCUCUCUUCAACUCUCCUCAGCCGCUUCCCUCAUGAGCGUCCUUCCGUCGACGAGAAGGACAUUAAAAUCAAAGACGCCUCGUCGCCGCCAUCAUCCAUCAGCGGAGAAGCAGGUCUUCAAGCUUCCUCUUUCGACGCAGCGUCCGACGCAGCUUCGACGCCCGCAGCUACUACCGAAACAGGAAAAGCUAAGAAGAGCAAUGGUGCAGGUGGUGCGAGGGGUACAAAGAGAGCCCUUGACAAGACUGGUGAUGCUCCCAAACCAGCUCGAAGCAGGCCUAGCGCAGCCAAGAAGCGAUUGAAAUUGGAUGACAAAACUACCGACAGUUCCAAACUUGUACCGCCGGGCCACAAACUCGGCCCCAAAGCCAACCAAGGCGCCAUCAACGCUGGUCUACGCGCCCUCGAUCGCAGCGGUGCACCAUGUCGCAAAUGGGAACGCAAAUCAUUCCAACUCAAGAGCUUCACCGGCGUCGUCUGGGGGUUAUCUAGCUGGCACACACCCAAGCCACUACCUCAGCAGCAGACACCAGGCGAGUCAAGCGGUGCCGAAGAGGUGAAUGGUGUUACUCCUGCUGCUGUCGCUGCUGUCAAUGGGGAUAGCGAUAGUGUUAGCAAAGCAAACCUCAUGAGCAGUGCUGUGCCGAGUGAGAAGAGCAAUGCGGGCGAGGGUGAGGGCGACGUCUCGUCGCUGCCUCCCAGUACUGCACAGUCUCCGGCCCCUGCUAUUGCGAUGACUGCAUAG